UCUGAAUAUCAGUUAGUCGUUGAACCUCGUUCGCCAAAACUAGAUAGAUUUGUAGUUAUAUUAAAUCUAACUCAAAAUUGUUCACUUUGAAAUUAUUUUUUUUUAAUGUUUUCUCAUUUUUCGAUUAAUACGACUAACCAAUUAACCGUAAAACUGUUAUUAUUAUGAACCAUUCGAUGACGCCGUCACCGGAUAUGCACAACAUUUACGGUUUUCACCAUCAUCACCAUCAACAGCAACAACACCAACAACAAUCACCCGAUUUACUCAGAAGUGGUGGUCACGUUGUGACUACUAAAGCCGAUUCUUCGUCUUCGUCACCGUCACUCUGUUAUAAUAAGACUUCGACUUUCACCCAAGAUUUCAUGUUAACCAACAACUCAUGUCAAACACAACAACAACAGGAUGAUGACAGUUGUAGUGACGGCGAAGAUUCAAGUCAACCCAGCUGCACUUACCGAUCUGUCAACCACAGUUUUGUAGAGACUUCGAUAAGACAAGGUGCUGACUUGUCGUCGGCCGGUUCAAUAGGUCGACACAAUAUGGUGGCGGUGGCGGCGGCAGCGAUGGCCGACGGAUAUUACGUUGGAGGUACCGGUAACCACGGUAGCGGUAGUACGGGCAACCAUCAUCACCACCAUCACCAUGGUCACCAUCAUCACCAUCACCAUAACAGCAACGGGAAUGGCCAUAACCAUCAUCACCAUCAUCAUCACAACGCCUCUGCGGGAAUGGCGGCAGCGACGAUUGUGGAUGCACAAAGUGCGGGCGGUGUCGGCGGUGGAGGCAGUGGUGGUGGCGGGUACAGGGUGCAGAGACAAGCGGCUAACAUACGGGAACGUAGACGAAUGUUGAGGUCAGACCUGGCGCCGACUCGGGCAGCGGAUAGGCCCACGCCGGUCAAAAUCAGCAUCAACUCGGCGUUCGACGAGCUCCGCGGUCAUGUACCCACGUUUCCGUACGAGAAACGGCUCAGCAAGAUCGACACUCUCCGUCUGGCGAUCGCGUACAUUGCGCUGUUGCGCGAAGUGCUGUCGGCCGACUGCGACCCGCUGACUUAUGUCCAGCGAUGUCUGAGCGGCGAGAGGACGCCCGAACGCGCCGAAUGGAACACCAGUGACCUAACAGCUAGACUUUCAUGGAUCAACUGGGAAAAUUUGGGCGUGAAUCCCAACAGGCAAGGCGUUUUGACGUCUUACUCGAUUCCUGACAACGUAAACAACUAAAAUAAACUUGUAUGCUGGCGAAAACUUCGAUCGUCGAUUAAAAUUAUCACUGUUGUAUAUUACAUCAUAAUAUGUAUAUUAUUUUCGUUUAAAUGAUUUUAUUCACUGUUAAUAUUUUAUUAUAUUGAUUAAUACAAUUUUAGUUUCAAUAGGGAAAUGUGCAAUAGGUACUUUCUUAAAAGUCAAAAAAGGAGAAUGCAUAUUGCUGACGUUUUGAUCCUUAUUACUUACUUGUUAGCGUAUGAAUAUUGAUAUUAAAGGAGAUUCAUUAUCGACUGUUAAUAAGGAGUACAAAUUCAUUGACGCAAAUAGACAUUUGAACAGGGGGGUGCUUAAGCUCCAAGUUUUUUUGUGACUCAGUAGGAUUUAACACCAUUAUUUACCAAUAUGUAAUAAAGUCAACACAUACACAACCACUAAAACAAAACAAAAACCAUAACUUAGAGUCCGCAUAGCAUAAUCCAAAUAUUGUUUUUAAAAACAGAAACAAAAAUCAUACUUGGUAUGGACCUAGCAUAAAGUCACUUAAAGUAAUUUUUUUGAUUUGAUUUUUAAUUGAUCUUCUAAAUAAUAUAUAUAUAUAUAUUAUUAUUUAUAAUCCUAAUACAUAAUAUAUUUUAUAUAAAUUAAUUAUUAUUAUAUUAAAUCCAUACGACGGUCUUUCUUCGAAUAUUCAUCUAGUAUAAUAUCAAGAUCAAGAUUAUUAACAAUAUCUCUCUCAUGUGCAAUGCAGAAAGAUAACUGAAACGAUCUUGUGUCAAAGAUGUUUUAGUCCAGUUUUUGAUUCGAUGCAUAGCUGAGAAAGAUCAUUCACGUGAUGCAAAAGCAGAACUGAUAGGUAGUAUCAGGGCCAUUUUUAGUAAGGAAUAAAUAUUGGGAUACAUUUCUUUUGAAAUAAUUUUUUUUUAAUCUAAACCAAAAUUUGGUUCUAACUGUAUGGCGUAGUUUCGUGAUACAGUAAUUUCACAACGCAAUGCCUCUUUAUCAAUAGAAAACAAUGCCUAAUAAAAUAAAUUAAUGAUUACCUACAUUUAUCGAUGUAUUAAGCAAAUAUUACAUUCCAUUUUUAUGUAUUUAUUAAAAUUUACUUACUUGAUAAUGAUCAAUAAACAUCAUGCUUUUAUUCAUAUUUAAUUUAAUA